GGGACGCGCCCUCGGUCUGUGAGUUCAGUGUGUAGGGAGCAGGAGGAGCAGCAGGCGCUGGAGGAGGAGGAGGAAGAAGAAGCAGAAGAACCGAGUAGAAGUGCAUUUCAUUCCGCAGAAGAUGUCUCCUGAGCGCGGGGAAGAGCUCCAGCUGCAUGGAGGAGAUAUUUAGCGGAGGAUUUCUCUCUCAGCCUGGAUCAGAGUCAGGAAGAAAGGCUGCGGGAGAGUUAGCGCUAACUUCCUCUGGAACUAAAUCAUCAUAAUACUAAUCAUAAUAAUCAUCAUAAUAAUAAUAAACAUCCCUAAACACACACACAGCGGACCUUUAACCCAAUAUAAAUCACUUUAAGCGGACCGUGUGAGAUCUAAUCCACGAUGGUGCAGCAGUAUCAAUCCCCCGUUCGUGUCUAUAAGCACCCCUUCGAGCUGGUCAUGGCGGCGUAUGAGAGGAGGUUUCCUACGUGUCAUCUCAUCCCCAUGUUUGUGGCCAGCGAUGUCCUCAGCGAGGAAACGAGUGAGGACAACUCCACGCACAAAAUCGAGAGGAGGUGCAAGCUGGAUGUCGACGCCCCUCGACUCUUGAAAAGGAUCGCAGGCGUGGACUACGUUUACUUCAUCCAGAAGAACACACUGAACCGCCGAGAGAGGACGCUGCACAUCGAGUCCCACAAUGAGACCUUCUCCAACCGCGUCAUCAUCCACGAGCUCUGCUGCUACUCGGUUCACCCCGAGAACGAGGACUGGACGUGUUUCGAGCAGUCGGCCAGCUUGGACAUCAAAUCCUUCUUCGGUUUUGAGAGCACCGUGGAGAAGAUCGCCAUGAAGCAGUACGCUAACAGCAUCAAAAAGGGUAAAGAGAUCAUCGAGUACUACCUGCGAGAGCUGGAGGAGGAAGGCAUUACCCACGUGCCCCGGUGGAGCCCCAGCACCUCCCUCGCUCAGCCCGUCGCCGCCAUCAUGCCCCCGGCUCCUCCCACUACGGCCCCCAUCGCCAUCACCGCCCCCGCCGAGACCGGCAAAGACGCGACGACGUGUAAAGAAAGCAGCAGUCCAGUAGGCAGCGCCAGUGAGCCGCUCGCCGCCACGCCCGAUGAUAAACUGGACGCUGACUACAUCAACCGUUACCUGGGUGACCUCACACCUCUGCAGGAAAGCUGCCUCAUACGCCUCCGCAGCUGGCUGCAGGAAACACACAAGGGCAAGAUCCCGAAGGACCAGCACAUCCUGCGCUUCCUGCGAGCGCGAGACUUCAACAUGGACAAAGCGCGAGAGAUCCUGUGCCAGUCUCUCACCUGGAGGAAGCAGCACCAGGUGGAUUACCUGCUGGACACCUGGAGCUCGCCGCAGGUCCUCCACGACUACUACACCGGGGGCUGGCACCACCACGACCGCGAUGGCCGUCCUCUCUAUAUCCUGCGUCUGGGACAGAUGGACACUAAAGGUCUGGUUCGAGCUCUGGGGGAGGAGUCACUGCUCAGACAUGUUUUGUCCAUAAAUGAGGAGGGAUUGAGGAGAUGUGAAGAGAACACCAAGGUGUUUGGACGCCCAAUCAGUUGUUGGACGUGUCUGGUGGAUCUGGAGGGUUUGAACAUGAGACAUUUGUGGCGUCCGGGCGUUAAAGCUCUGCUGCGCAUCAUCGAGGUGGUGGAGGCAAAUUACCCAGAAACCCUCGGGCGUCUGCUCAUCCUGCGUGCUCCCCGGGUCUUCCCUGUUCUCUGGACUCUGGUGAGUCCGUUCAUCGACGAGAACACGCGUAAGAAGUUCCUGAUCUACGCCGGGAACGAUUAUCAGGGUCCCGGCGGUCUGGUGGAUUACAUCGAUAAGGAAGUCAUCCCCGACUUCCUGGGUGGAGAGUGUAUGUGUGAGGUUCCCGAGGGCGGCCUGGUUCCCAAAUCCCUGUACCGAACCCCUGAGGAACUGGAGAACGACGACAUCAAACUGUGGACGGAAACCAUCUACCAGAGCGCCAGCGUCUUUAAAGGAGCGCCGCACGAGCUGCUGAUCGAGAUCAUCGACGCCUCCUCCGUGAUCACCUGGGACUUCGACGUGUGUAAAGGAGACGUGGUCUUCAACAUCUACCACUCCAAACGGGCUCCUCAGCCGCCCAGGAAAGAGGCGCUGGCGUCUCACGGCAUCACGUCGCCCGGCGGCAACAACGUGCAGCUCAUCGACAAGUCGUGGCAGCUGGGGCAGGACUACAGCAUGGUGGAGUCUCCGCUCACCUGUAAAGAGGGAGAGAGCGUGCAGGGUUCUCACGUGACGCGCUGGCCCGGGUUCUACAUCCUGCAGUGGAAGUUCCACUCGAUGCCUGCGUGCGCCGCCACCAACCUGCCGCGCGUAGACGACGUGUUAGCCACGCUGCAGGUUUCCUCCCACAAGUGUAAAGUCAUGUACUACACCGAGGUCCUGGGCUCAGAGGACUUCAGAACGGCUUGCUGCGAUGUGCAGAGUUUGGGUUCGAUGACGAGUCUGGAGUCGAGUCACAGCGGCUUCUCUCAGCUCAGUGCCGCCACCACGUCCUCCAGCCAAUCACAGUCCAGCUCCAUGAUCUCCAGGUAGAGCCAGGAGACACAAGAUGGAGGACGGGGAGGGAGGGGACACAAGAUGGAGGACGGGGAGGGAGGGGACACAAGAUG